AUGGUUACGGCUUUUUAUCUAUGGGUAGGAAAAUGUAAUUUAUAGCAGUAUAAAGGUUUUAGAAAGUUAAGUUCGAUGUCUUUUAUUACUGCUUUUGAGCCUUGGCAGUGUAAAUAGUGGUAUAGUACUUUCUGCAUGAUCUGUCAUAUAAAACCAAACUUUUUGGCGUUUAAAACACUCUUUUUGAUGACGUACUAAUUAGUACUACUAAACAUGUUAAGCGUGUUUGAAAACGUAGUUAAAUAUUAAAGUAAAAUACGUGGAAUAUUACUUGGCUUUGAUAUAUCAUAAAUAUAGGGAAUGCUCGCCCGCAACCAAAACCUCUUCACCGCUCUGAUUGCUGGUUCAGUUGGAGCUGCUGGUGGAUACUAUUACCGUGGUACUGUAAGUACAACUUUUUAGCAUUGGUUUUUGUUAAGAAGCCUGAAAAGUAUUUUAAGCUAUAAAAAAUUUUAAAAAAUUAAAAAUUUGAUUUUUUUUUGUCUAAAUAUAGAUGAGCUAUACAAAUUUUUAGUUUUGAUAGCUGAUGAUAGUACCUUUUUAACUCUGAUAAACACAAAACAAAUAAUAAAAAUUUCAGAAAGACUGCUCCCAAAAGACCAAGCAACUCGGAAUCACUGGUGUCGAACCAGAGAUUCAGAAGAAGAUCGAAGAAGCCUAUCAGAAGCUUCAAUCGGCUUCGGACUGUAAAUCUCUUCUCAAGAAACAUUUGACCAAGAAAGUUGUGGAUGAGCUGAAAAAUGUCAAAACUCCAAUGGGUGCCACAUUAUACGAUGUGAUCCGAUCUGGAGUCUACAAUCUGGACGCUGGAGUUGGAGUGUAUGCUCCAGAUUACGAUUCCUACAAGGUGUUUGCUGCUUUGUUCGACCCCAUCAUUCAGGAGUACCAUGGUUUCGGACCAAAGGACAAACAACCACCAGUCGAUUUGGGCGAUGGAAAGGCCAAGGACUUUCCACCAUUGGACCCUGAGGGCAAAUUUAUUGUUUCUACUAGGUAAGACUGAGGUUUAUUUUCAUUUUUGAGCUUUUUUAAAUUUAAGGUAACAAAAAAUUUAAAGCCGAAAGGUUUUUUUAUAUUUUGUGAUUUUAAAAAUUUUUUUUUAUUUAAAAAUCUAAAAAAAUAAAUUUUUAUACUAAAUUUAAAUUUUUUUAGAAUCCGAUGCGGCCGCACCCUCAACGGCUACCCCUUCAACCCACUCCUCAAAGAAUCCGACUAUAUUGAGAUGCAAAACAAAGUAAAAGGAGCCCUAGAACAAGUACAAGACUCUGACCUCAAGGGCACCUACUACCCACUGGACGGCAUGAAGAAGGCGACCCAAAACCAACUGAUCCAAGACCAUUUCCUCUUCAAAGAAGGCGACCGUCAUCUUCAAUAUGCCAAUGCCUGCAACUUCUGGCCAAAAGGCCGUGGCAUCUUCCACAACAACCAAAAGUCCUUCUUGAUCUGGGUGAACGAAGAGGAUCACAUGAGAAUCAUCUCUAUGGAACAAGGCUCUGAUGUCGGUCGAGUUCUUGACCGUCUGGUACGUGGUAUUCGCUCAGUCGAGACGAAGGUGCCAUUUGCUCGUGAUGAACGUCUUGGCUGGCUCACUUUCUGUCCAACCAACUUGGGAUCGACCGUUCGUGCUUCAGUGCACAUCAAAUUGCCUAAGGUCUCGUCUCGCCCAGACUUUAAACAAAUUUGUGACAAACUCAACCUUCAAGUCAGAGGUAUUCACGGCGAACACUCGGAGAGUGAGGGCGGUGUCUACGACAUCUCCAACCGCGCCAGAUUGGGCCUUUCUGAAUACCAAGCUGUCAAACAAAUGUACGAUGGAGUGAAGGAGUUGAUCCGUUUGGAGAAAGAGUCUUCUUAA